GGUAAUACUGUUGGAGAUAUAUUGAGUGCACGUUUUUCAACCCGACCCUAAGAGGAUAAGUUGUGGAAGAAGAUAAACCUCGUCAUCCUCCUCUAACACAUUUGCGUUCUACACACAAAGACAAAAAAACUAGUGAACUUAAAAUUUUAUUGGUGAAAUUACUGCAUCAAGCAUGGGUCCAAUGAAAUCUAGAAAGCUGAUUUCAAUUCAAGUGAAGCAGGAACUUAUUAAGAAACAUGAAAAAGGCAUUAGAACCAAUGUACUAAGUAAAGAAUAUGGCAUGUCGGCAUCAACUGUGUCUACAAUUAUUGCGCAGAAAGAAAAAUUUCAAGAAGUGAAAGUGAGAGAUAAAUCUACCAGAGUGUUUAAAGGUAGAUCAUUAAGUGCAGAAACAGAGAGGUCACCUAUUAUUUGGAUUAAAGAAAAACAAAUGAAAGGAGAUUCCAUUUAUGAACAUUUGAAGGAAGAGCAACCUAGUUCUGAAACUGUGUUUGAAGAGUUUGGGGACAGCAAGGGAUGGUUCGAUGAGUUUAAGAAAAGAACUGGCAUUUAUAGUGUUGUUAGGCAUGGUGAAGCUGCCAGUGUGGAUAAAGGACCUGAAAAAUUUGUAGUAGAGUUCAAGAAACUGGUGGAUGAAAAGGGUUAUCUUCCACAGCAAGUUUUUAAUGUGGAUGAAACCGGGCUGUUCUGGAAGAAAAUGCCCAGAAGAACAUUCAUCACCAGAGAUGAAGCUUCUUUACCGGGGCAUACACCCAUGAAGGACCGUCUCACUCUAUUGCUUGGUGCCAAUGUUUCAGGGGAUUUCAGACUGAAACCGAUGCUCGUAUACCACUCUGAGAACCCCAGGGUGUUCAGGCAACAAAAGGUGCUAAGAGGAAAACUUGGAGUUUAUUGGAAGUCAAACCGUAAGGCAUGGGUAACGAGCCAGCUCUUUAAUGAAUGGGCAAUUGAUGUGUUUUGCCCUACUGUGAAGAGUUAUCUCACCACCAAUAAACUUCCGUUGAAGGCUCUUCUCCUUCUGGAUAAUGCCCCUUGUCAUAACCCUGAACUUGUCAGAACUUUGGAGGCUAAAUUUGGCUUUGUCAAAGUUGUGUUUUUGCCUCCCAACACAACAUCAUUUAUGCAGCCAAUGGACCAAAAUGUAAUCAUCAACUUUAAGAAGCUGUAUAUGAAGAAGAUGUUUAGAAGGUGUCAUCAGGCAACUACCACUGAUCCUGAUCUGUCACUGGCACAGUUCUGGAAGACGCAAUACAACAUCCUGGAGGCUGUAAAAUUGAUCGUGUCAACAUGGCAAGCAGUUUCUACUCGAUGCCUGAAUUCUGCAUGGAAAACACUGUGGCCAUCAGCAGUCCAUGAUUUUGGGGGAUUUCAGGAAGAAGCAGAGUUGGACAAGGAAAUUGUGUCCAUUGGUCAGUCAUUGGGACUCGAAGUGGAAGAGGAGGAUGUUGAAGAGCUUGUGAUGUCUCAUAAGCAGGAACUUUCUCCUGAAGAUUUGAAACAACUGGUUGAGGUGCUGGAAACAGACAGUGGUGAGGAGGAAAAGGAAAGUGAUGACCAUAUGUCUUUUUCAGACUUAGAAAAUGUUGUUCACCACUGGGAGAUGUUUAGGAAACUGGCUUCAAGGCACCCUGAUGUGGAAACAACAGAACUUACGUUGUGUGCCGUGGAGGAAAAACUGGUCUCCUUCUUCAAGCACAUGCUGAUGUUCAGGAGGAGAAAUGCCACACAACUAACACUUGACAGCUUCUUCUCUAAAAGACAGCGUGAGAAAGAUGCUUCCCCUCAGUGUUCCUCUCCAAAAAGGAGAGAGGGUUGUCAUGUUAGAGAAUCUGUCAGUCCAGAGGUUCCUGACAUGAUUAUGGAAGGUAACUCGCCUUCCAAGAAGCAUUAAAAUGCUUCUCUUCUCCCUUCUCCUCCACCCCCACUUCCUUCUCUUCUCCCUUCUC